CAAGAUACUAAUCGUAGUCCUCACCGCAACCCCCGCGACAAAAUGCGCAGUCAAUAACAACACAUCAUACUACUCAACUGCCUCUGUGCUACUCACAGCCCACCCGCACAGACUUUGAUCAGCAAUAAACAGAAAAUCACAAAUGGCCGAUCCAUUAUCACCACCAGCAACCGCAGCGCAGGGCGCAUCCGCACCAGCCAUGAAGACGACGCUCCCCUCCCGCCCGGCCAGCUCCGGCACUACCAAGAAGCCUCGCCUCCCGACUGGCGCGCGUAUCCUAUCGCGCACGCUCAACACCUCGCGCCCGCCGCACCAUAGUAACCACGCCAAGGCCAGCGCCGCCGGCGCGCCGGUCACGCGCGCGGACCCGCACCUCGCCCCGAAGCGACGCAUCGUCAUCCGGCGGGGCACGAACCUCGUCGCGAUCCUGAAGCGCGUGCAGAAGCUGCUCGACAAGAGCCCCGGCGGUGCGCUGUCGAUGGGCCUGGGGGAUUUGGUGGGAGGUGGUAAGAAGGGGGGCAAGGGUGGUGCUGGUGCAACGGGCAAGAAGGGCGGCGCCAAGCCUUCGGCCGCCGAAGAUGACGGGGUGCAGGUCGGGGACGACAGGUUCCCCGUGGUUGUAGUCGGGGCGGGCGCGCUCAACAUAGAAAAGGCUCUCAAGACGGCGGCCGUAUUUCAGCGGAGGGGUGAUUGCGUCGUGCGGAUAUACACCAGCACAGUGAGCGGGGUGGAUACCUACGAGGUUGAAGAGGAUGAGGAUGAGGAUUGUGCGGACGGUCAUGAUGCUGGAGCAGACGCCGACACGGAGAUGUCGGGCAUUGGCACCACCGGGAAUGCGGCCGGUGGUGGACGAACGCUGGGAGGGAGGGCGACGGUCGUGAAGCAGAGGAGUCGCAAGGCCAGCGCGCUAGAGGUGGCCAUCCGUCUCAAGACGUGAAGGGGGUUCUUUGUGCAUUGCCUACGAUAUUUGGCGGACGGAUACGGGCUUUUUUUGCGGUAUGUUUUAUUCCUUUGGGAUGAUGAAGUCCCACCUGAAACAACACAUUCCAGGUUGCAUGGACGUUGCCGGCGGGAAAGGACUUCACAGGUUUGCUUUUACGGAGUUUUGCAUGGAGGGAUAGGUCACUAUGCAUUCUUGGUGUUUUGGCGUUUUGCUAGAGAAGCUGUCAUGUUGCAUCUCGAGCCUCCUCAUGUUUAAGGUAAUGGGAUUAUCAUUCCAUCGGGUUUGGAUGUGCUGUUCAAAAAUAAAAAUUACCAUGUCGAUUUCGUGCA